AUGGCGGCGCUGUUAUGUCGCUGUGGGUCCAACAUGGCGGCCUGCGCACAGGAAGUGACGGUUACGGCCGGAAGUGAAGAGCGCAGGCCUCGCGAGACUUUCUCGGGGGGAAGGACGAAGGUAAGGCGGGAGGAAAUCUCGCGAGAACCGCUGUCGAGACGGACGGGAAUCUCGCGAGAGUUCCGCAAAGAGCGGGAAGGAGACGGGAUUGAGGGAAGAACCUUCAGUUCGCGGCCGUGGCGAAAUCUCGCGAGAGAGUCCGUAGAGAAGCGGUGCUCUCAGCUGCCCUCAGGUGCUCUCAGGUGUGCCCAGGACCCGCCCCCAGGACGCCCCCCCGGCCUCACCGGCACCGUGGAAGUGGAGUGUGAGGAGGAGGAGGAGGGCCCCGCGCACACAGGUGCCGCGGCUCAGGUGAGGCUGGGCCGCCCGGGCGCCCCCCCCCAGCAUGAGGCGCCCCCUACCCAGCAGCCCCUGCGGCCGGGGGGGGGGGGCGGCCCCGGGGCCCCCCCGCCCCACCCCCACCCUCCGCUGCACCCCCAGGUGCCCUCGGGCAGGAUGACGGGCUCCAGCCCCGUGUCCCCCUCGUCGUCCUCGGGGGGCUCCCCCGGCAGCCCCUCCCCCCCCGGGCCCCCCCGGCCGGCGCCGCCCCCCGAGGGCCCCCCCGAGGGCCCCCCCGGCCCCCCCGAGCCCCCCUGGCUGUGGGAGAGGAGCCCGGCCGAGAUCGCCGAGCAGGCCAAGCACGAGGCCGAGGUGGAGCACCGCGUGGCCGAGAUGAAGCGCGAGGGCUUCUGGUCGCUGCGGCGCCUGCCCAAGGUGCCCGAGCCGGCGCGGCCCAAGGUGCACUGGGACUACCUGUGCGAGGAGAUGCAGUGGCUGGCCGCCGACUUCGCCCAGGAGCGCCGCUGGAAGAGGGGCGUGGCCAGGAAGGUGGUGCGGAUGGUGAUGCGGCACCACGAGGAGCAGCGGCAGCGCCAGGAGCGCGCCAAGCGCGAGGAGCAGGCCAAGCUGCGCCGCGUGGCCGCCGCCAUCGCCCGCGAGGUGCGCCACUUCUGGAGCAGCGUCGAGAAGGUGGUGCAGUUCAAGCAGCAGUCGCGGCUGGAGGAGAAGCGCAAGAAGGCGCUGGACCUGCAGCUGGACUUCAUCGUGGGCCAGACCGAGCGCUACUCGGACCUGCUGAGCCGCAGCCUCAACGCGCCCCGGCCCCGCCCCGCCGCCCUCACCUGCCCAGCCUCGGCCGAGAGCCCCCCCCGGCCCCUCGGGGACCUCCUGGGCUCCCUCCCCCCGCAGGUGCUGCACCGGGACCGGGACCCUGCCCCAUUGCACUGGGAGCGCCGGCUCUACCUGGCGCUGCUGUCCCUGGGGCUCUACGUCAGCACCAAGAUCUCGCACUGGGAGCGCCGGCUCUACCUGGCGCUGCUGUCCCUGGGGCUCUACGUCAGCACCAAGAUCUCGCACUGGGAGCGCCGGCUCUACCUGGCGCUGCUGUCCCUGGGGCUCUACGUCAGCACCAAGAUCUCGGUGGACAUGUACUCGGGGGCGCUGUUCAUCCGCGAGGCGCUGGGCUGGGACCUCUACGGCUCCGUGGGGGCGCUGCUGGGCGUCACCGCGCUCUACACCGUCACUGGCGGGCUGACGGCGCUGAUGUUCGCGGACCUGGUGCAGACCCUGAUCAUCAUCGCGGGCGCCUCGGUGCUGGCCGGCUACGCGCUGGGCGCCGUGGGCGGGUACCAGGGCCUGCAGGAGCGCUACCCGCUGGCGCUGUCCCCCAACGCCUCGGGGCCCUGCGGGCGGCCGCGCCCCGACGCCUUCCACCUGCUGCGGCACCCGAGCAGCGGCGACCUGCCCUGGCCCGGGCUGCUGCUGGGGCUGGGCAUCAUCUCCGCCUGGUACUGGUGCACCGACCAGGUGAUCGUGCAGCGCUGCCUCGCCGGCCGCUCCCUCACGCACGUCCGCGCCGGCUGCGUCGUCUGCGGCUACCUCAAGGUGCUGCCCAUGUUCCUGAUGGUGCUGCCCGGCAUGGCCGCCCGCGUGCUCUUCCCAGAGGUCGUGGGCUGCGCUGACCCCCAGGGCUGCUCCCGGGCCUGCGGCUCCGCCCUCGGCUGCUCCAACGUGGCCUAUCCCAGACUGGUGCUCAGCCUGCUGCCCCCUGGGCUGCGCGGGCUGAUGCUGGCCGUGGUGCUGGCCGCGCUGAUGUCCUCGCUGGCCUCCAUCUUCGCCAGCUCGGCCGCGCUCUUCACGCUGGACGUUUACCGCAAGGUGCGGCCGCGCGCCGGGCCACGGCACCUGCUGCUGGCCGGGAGGCUGUGGGUGGUGGCCAUGGUGGGGCUGAGCCUGGCCUGGCUGCCGGUGGUGGAGGCGGCGCGGGGCGGGCAGCUCUUCGACUACAUGCAGGCGCUGGCCUCGUACCUGGCGCCGCCCGUGGCCGCCGUCUUCUUCCUGGCCGUGUUCGUGCCGCGCGUCAACGAGCCCGGCGCGUUCUGGGGGCUGCUGGGGGGCCUGGGGCUGGGCCUGGCCCGGCUGAUCCCGGAAUUCCUUUUGGGAUCGGGAUCGUGCGGGAGCCCCGGGCGCUGCCCCGCGCUGCUCUGCGGCCUGCACUACCUGCACUUCGCCGUGCUGCUCUUCCUGCUCACCUGCGCCGUCGUCCUGGCCGUCUCCUGCUGCCACCCGCCCAUCCCCAAGGUCCACCUCCACAGGUUGGUGUUCAGCCUCCGGAACAGCCGCGAGCCCCGAAUCGACCUCGACGCGCCCCAGGAGCCGCCCCAGAGCCCGGGGGUGCAGCUGGGGGACCUGGAAGCGCCUCCGGGGGCGGAGCCUGGAGCGGGGGGCGUGGCCGCGGAGAUGGGCGUGGCCGCGGCCGAAGCCCCGCCCCCCGAGGAUCCCAAAUGGAGCCGAUUGGUCGACAUCAACGCCCUGGUGCUGAUGGGCGUGGCCUCCUUCCUGUGGGGGUAUUUUGCCUGAAAUCGCCCGAAAUAAACCCAAAA